UCGCUCUCCAGGAGCGAGGGGGCGGAGUCGCGAUCGAAGAUUUUCUUUCCUAAGUGGUGAGAAGUAGGGCGUCGAGCUCUGCGCGCGUGUGCUUCUGACCUCGGGUUGGCCUUCUGUGACUCAGGUGACACCUUGGUGUUGGCCGCAGUGACAAAGCCCCCGCUUCCCCCGGCCGCCACCUGGCUGAGACGGGACCCUCGGAGUCUAAGAGAUGGAGCAGCUGCCGGAGAGAGAGACCACUGAGAUGCAGGGACGGAUUGGAGGAAAGAAGGACAGGGAGCCAGAGGAAGACUCAGAUGACAGGCGGCGAUACCGAGCGUGGGUGGCGGAGAAGUUCAGCUCUUUGAGGGCCGAAGACUCGUGGCCCCGGGAGCAGGAGAACUUCCUGUAUGGGCCCGUGACUCUGCUCUUGUCUCGCACUUGUGCCAAGGUCAGGGUGGUCAUCGGAGAGGAGGGCUCAGAGCUCCCGCCUGGUGAAGGGCCACCCUUCAGUGAGAUCCCUGGCCAGGCUGGGCAGCUGGGGGCACUGUUCCAGCUCGACGAUGGGACCGAGCAGCGGCCCAGCACCGUGGUCCUGCAGGGGCCUAUGGGCAUCGGCAAGACUGUGCUGGCCAGGAAGCUGAUGCUGGACUGGGCUCGCGGGCGCCUCUGCCGGGACACAUUUUGGUACGUCUUCUACUUCAACCUUGGAGACAUGGACGGGACGGUCGAGAGGAGCAUGGCCGAGCUGAUCGCCAGCGAGUGGCCUGGCCCGCCAGUCCCCGUCCCCGAGAUCCUGUCACGGCCCCAGAGUCUCCUAUUCAUCGUGGAUGGUCUGGAGGAGCUGAGGCCCUUCCUGGACGGGCCCGAAGCCGAGCUGUGUCGGGAUGGGGCUGAGCGGCGGCCUCUGGCCGGCCUCUUCCAGGGCCUGCUCCGGAGAAGCCUGCUGCCCGAAGCCUGCCUGCUGCUGGUCGUGCGGCCCUCGGGUUGGGCCUGCCUGGCACGCUGGCUGGGCUGCCCUCAGCUCGUCGAGGUCCUGGGGCUGUCCAAGGCUGACUGCGAGGGCUACUUCCACAGGUUUUUUGGGGACAGGGCGAGCGCACGGGCCGCCCUGGCCGCCACGCGGGACAACGAGACGCUGGCCACCCUGUGCCGUGCCCCGCUGGUCUGCUGGCUGAUCUGUACGGGCCUGAAGCAGAGGCUGGAGGACGGGGAGGACCUGCGCCAGGGCCCCCUCACCGCGACGCAUCUCUACGUGUCCUACGUGACCAGCCUGUACCGAGGCCGCGCCCCACCCAACGAGGCCCAGCUGCAGGCUCUGUGUCGCCUGGCUGCCGACAGGGUGCUGGCGCACGCCACGAGCUUCGACGGCAGCGACCUGGAGAGGCUCAGGCUGGCCGCAGCCGACCUCGGGCCCUUCCUAGCCACGCACAUCCUCCUUCGGCGGGGGCCUGGCUACUCCUUCCUCCACCUGACUUUGCAGGAGUUUUUUGCCGCCCUGUACAGCGGGAUGGAGGUGACCCAGAGCCCAUCGGUGGCACACACAGUCCAGGGCCUCACCACAGAGCUGGGGAAGUACUCAGGGGUGGACACCAGCUUUCUGAGCCUGGCUGUGCACUUCCUCUUUGGCCUCUUAAACCCUGAGUGCGUGAGGCUCCUGGAGGCAGAGCUGGGCUGCCGCCUGUCCCCCCGGCUGCGGCGGGACCUGCUACUGUGGGCCGCGGUGUUCAGCGGCUCCACCACGCCGUCGCUGCGCGCCCUCUCCCUGCACCACUUCUUCUUCAGCCUGUAUGAGACGCAGGACAGCGCCUUUGUGACGGAGGCCAUGGACCACUUCCGGGACCUGCAUCUCGUGCUCUGGAGCAAGGUGGACUUGCUGGUGUCCUCUUACUGCCUGCGCCAUUGCCGCCGGCUGGAGAAACUGGUACUCCACAUCCAGAGGGAAGUCUUCCACGAGGACCCGGACGAGGAGCUGCAGGCCAGCUCCCCGGUCGAGCCUGGGGCCCAGGCUUCAGACCUCACUGCCUCGCGGUGGAAGGCCCUGUACUCGGUGCUGAGCACCAAUGCUGCCCUGCGGGAGAUGGAGCUGAGCUUCUCCUCCAUGAAUGACCUGUGCGUGAAGAGCCUGAGCGAACAGCUGACACACCCAGACUGUCCCCUACAGACUCUGAGGGUCCGGCAGACUGCCUUCGUCUCCUUUGCCUGUGGGGAUUUCCUGCUUGCUCUCAUUGGUCACCGGCAUCUGGUGGGCCUUGACCUGGACCUUCUGCUGGGGGACGAUGGAAUGAAGCUGCUGUGUGAGGCCUUGAGACACCCACAUUGUAACUUCCAGUAUCUGAGGUUGAAGAGCUGUGCCCUCACCGAGGCUUGCUGUCCAGAUCUCGCCGGGGCCCUCGCCUGUAACCAGAGCCUAACCCAUCUCAACCUGGGGGGGAAUCAGCUCCUGGACAGCGGCGUGCACGUGCUGUGUGGGGCCUUGAGCCAGCCGGAGUGUCACCUCCAGAAACUGGUGUUGGCGGGAUGCGGCUUGACAGGCGGUGCUUGCCAGGAUCUCUCUGCUGCUCUCACCGCCAGCCGGAAUCUGAAUCUGACGUGUCUGUGCCUCGCCCACAACAGCCUUCGGGAUGACGGCGUGAAGAUCCUGAGCACGGCUUUGAAACUCCCCGAGUGUCCCCUCCGGAGACUGACGCUGUGGAGCUGUGGCCUCACGGCCGCGGGUUGCCAGGAUCUCUCCGCCGCGCUCCUCAGCAGCAAGAACCUGACCCACCUGGACCUGGGGGAGAACGAGGUUGGAGAUGAAGGCAUGAAGCUGCUGUGUGCAGCCUUGGGGCAGCCGCAGUGCAACCUUCAGGCCUUGGACGUCCUGGUCUGCUUCCUCACCGAGGCCUGCUGUCAGGACCUCUCGGACAUGCUCAUCCUCAACCAGAGCCUGCGAAGCCUGAACCUGGGAUACAACGCCCUCAAAGACGCGGGGGUCAAGCUGCUGUGCGAUGCCCUGAGACACCCCAGCUGCCAGCUCCAGAGGCUUGGGCUGGAGAGAUGCCAGCUGAACGCCGCUUGCUGUCAGGAUCUCUCCUCCGUUCUCCUCUGCAAUCCACGGCUGAAGAGUCUCGACCUGGCCCAGAAUGCCUUGUGGGACGAAGGCGUGAGGCUGCUGUGCAAGGCCUUAGAGCAGCCUGAAUGCAAACUGCAGAUCCUGGCGCUGUGGAGGGAGGCGUUCAGCGAGGACGCGCAGCAGAUGCUGAAGGCGGCCGAGGAGAGCAAACCGCACCUGGUCAUCACCAGUGACUGGUAUAGUCACGAACCGGAGGAAUAUGGUUUUUCCUGGUGGCUGGAGACCUGACCGGCUCCCCUCCCCCAUCCCACUCCCCCUUCCUCAGUCUGUCGCAAGGGCCUGUGGGAUCAGAGGGCCACGGCUCAUGUGCCCCGACCCGGCGGCUCCCCGGGCCUCCAGGCUCCAGCCCCCAUCAGCCACGCGGUGCCCACGUCCCUCUUCCCCCUGGACACCUUUGCGCAUGAAUCAAAUACAGACUGAUUCUCCCUCCAUUCCGUUUGCCUGUGAUGAGUCCGUAGUAUUUAGAGCUGGAGUGGGCAGGAGACCAUCUGGUCCAGCCCUUCUCUGUCGGCAGGCCACACCCACAGAGGUCAGGCAGUCGGUUAAGCACCUACUGUGUGCCGGGCUCAGGCCCUGAGGAGAGAAGCCCCAGGGCAGGUGAUGCUGGAGCCAGCAUUGGAACCCAGCUCCUGGCACGCCCAGCAGAGGACCCUCCCCUCAGUUGGAAAACUUUGUGGGGCAUCAUUGGAAGGAAGGCUGUGAGCUGCUGUUGGGCCAUUGAUUUGUGCUGUGUGACUGCAGGAAGCUCAUCAGUGUCUCUGGCCCUCAGUUUCCUCAUUUGGAAAAUGUCCCCCACCUCCCAAGGGGCUUGUGGAGAAAGAAUCACCUGGACCAAGGGGAGGGGAGCCAGACGGGUGGGGCGGUUCCAUCCAGGCAUGUUUAUACGCCUGCCCCGCGUUGGAAGGCACCGCAUCAGUUCUGGGGCUACGAAGACAUGCACGGCCUAAUGAGAGCAGCACAGAGACAGGGAAGUAAUGCAAAAGUGCCCCGUGAGCGGUGGCCCUGCGCCCCAAGCUCUGGGCUUCCCCUGAUGGGGCUCAUUCUUGGGGACUAGCUCAUGUUAUCCCCAGAGUUGCUGCUGGAAAAUUUAGAACACUGUUGAAAGCGCUUGGGUCUAGGUUUUCUCAAAUGUCGAUAAAAGGGUCCUGGCUCCCGUCCAAGCACCCAAGGUUGGUGCAUCUACAGGACGUUCAGGGACUCACCAGGGGCCUCCAAUCAGCCAGAAUGAGUCUGCUCCCAAGCGAGGGCCGUCCUUCAGGGUCUUGGGUCCCCCCGCAGAGGGGAAGCAGCUUGGGCUUCCGAGAAGGCGACCGGCCCAUUCUUGUCCCUGACGCGCCCCGAGGCACCCCGCCUUCCUGAUCCCCCCCAAGCACGUGCUUGUUCUUCAGGGAAUCCUCCUUGGAGGGGAUUGAGGGGGCACCUGGUGAGUCCCACUUUGAGAUCCAGCCUGACAGCACCGCCUUGAAUGCUUGGGUUCUCUGCAGAGGGUAAAUGAAUGUGGGGCGGAGUAGGUGAGCAUGAAGACCCCAGCUGUCCAGACAGCUCAGUGGAAGGCCUUUUGCUCCCCUGUGGCCUGGCUUUCGCCCUCUGGCUUCCGUGAUGGUGUCUUCUCUCCCAAGAGCUGAUCACCACUCUUUCUGGAAGAUGAUGCUGGGGUCAUGCGUCUAUUCAGGAGGCGGGUUCUGGGACGUUACCACUUGGACCAAGUGGGGUCUUCUCCAUAGCUGCCAUCUUUUGGACUGAGGUGAUGCUGCUAGCCUCCCACAGCCACAGGGUUGGGGUCCGGGAACUCUCCUCUUGGGCCACAGGGUUGAGAGCAGGGUUCAGAUUCUGCCAAGCCCUCUGCCCAGACUUCCCUCCCCUCCCCAAAGAACCUGAGUCUGUUUUUAGCCCUGCUGUUCAGAGGAUCUGCGGGGGAAAGGCAAAGGGGUAAGAAAGGCCCUAGUCUGGGAUGAAGACCUUUUAUACACCGGCACAAAGAGGUGGCUACUCACCCCAUGGAUGAAGCCAGUGACCAUCCCAAUUCAGCACAGAGACUAGCCUGGGACCCCCCUCCCCCAUCACAGAAGGCUGUUACCAAGUGUGCCCAAUGGAUGCCACCCAGCUCCUCUCCUUGGGGUUGUCAGUGGGCAUGUAUGCCCACCCUUCAAUGGACUGGCACCAUCUAUGCCAACCCAAAGCUCCUCAUCCCUCCCCCUGCAUGUACCUAGUGUGGGGGCUCUCACGAGGAAGGGCUUUGUGGGCAGGAGAGGUGAUCGUGCCCAGGAGCGCAUGGCUGAUUUUUGUGGUAAAUCAGUGGCCGUGCCAGAAAAGGAAUGUGCCGUCUUUGUUUAUAUUCAUAUUCUGGUUUUCCGGCUACAUGUAAGAACAAUUUUUGACCUCCAUUUCAAAAAUGUUGAGUUCCUGAUGGAGUCUGAAUACAUA